AUGUUAUUAAGAUUCAUCUUCUUUGGAGCGCUUGCUCUUGCAAAUGCCCUCCAUGGGAGAGACAACCCUUCCACAGGCCAUAAUGGCCCAGGCAACGACACCACCGCACGACUAAACCAAGCCUUUGGAACAGCAGUGACCGAGAAGCGCGUAUCCGGCAUCGCAGCCGCCGCGCUCAACAGAGACGGCAGCAUCAUCUACAAGCAAUCAUGGGGAACAACGAACAUCGAAGACCCGUCCUCGCCACCCAUAACACCUUCGACAAAAAUGUGGCUAGCCUCGAUGACCAAAGCCGUGACGGCUAGCGCAGCGCUUCAGCUAGUUGAGCAGGGCAAGUUGAGCCUUGAUGAUCCCGUGUGGAAGUAUCUCCCAGAACUUGAAGGCUUUCAGAUUCUGGAGGGCUUUACGGAUGCUGGAGAGCCGAUUUAUCGAGCCCCGAGGACUAAACCGACUAUUCGUCACCUCAUGACACACACCUUUGGGUUGAGGUAUACCUUUUUCGACGCCAACACCGAGCGCUGGAUGCAAUGGCGUCGAAACGUGACUUUCGUUUCUACCAGGAAGACACGAGCCGAUUCCCAAGCCCCAUUCGCAUUCGACGCAGGCGACGGCUACGCUUACGGCUACAACAUCGACUGGCUCGGCUGGGUCAUCGAAACAAUCUCCAACCAGUCCCUAGCCAGCUACUGCGAAGAACACAUCCUCAAACCCCUAGGAAUGCAGAACACGGGCAUCUACCCUCCCGACAUCGCUGAUCACCAGCGUCUCGCGAACGGGAGUAUCACUGCAACGCCGUACUCAGCUUCUCCCACCAAACCGGGGGACUUUGUCGAUGCAGGCGGGGACUACCUCACCUCCACGCUUGACGACUACUCCACGUUUCUGUUAGCUUUGGUUAAUGGGGGCACGGAUCCGCAUACCGGAGUGUCGAUUCUCAGACCUGAGACGGUCAAGGAAUACAUCUUCACUGACCAGCUUCCCCUUGCUAUACCGGAAUAUCAUUCCCCUGACUUCGAGACAAAAGGUGAUCCUAUUGGUACAUUUAACUCUGUUGAUCCGUCUGUUAGUAACAACGGGACGUUGCUUUCUGAUAUACAGAAGGGGUGGUCUAGUGCGUUUAUGGUUAAUAAUGAGGAUGUGCCCGGGGGGAGGAGGAAGGGGAGUGGUGCGUGGGCUGGUAUCAAUAAUUUGUAUUAUUGGGUUGAUCCAACGGCUGGGAAGGUGGGAGUUGUGUUUACGAGUCUUGCUCCGUUUCUCGAUGCAGAGGUUUUGGGGUUGUUUGAUGCUUUGGAAAGGGAGGUGUAUGCAUAG